UCCCCGCCCGGGGCCCGGGGUGGGAGGGCGAGGACGCCGCCAGCGCGCGUGCGCGCUCCGCGUUGCAGCUAGUCUGCGUGCGUGAGUGGGAGGCGGCGGGCCUGCGACUCCGGCCUUCCCGGCUGACUGCUCCGACGCCGCAACCCCAGUCAUGAACCGGUUUGGCACCCGGUUGGUGGGAGCCACGGCGACCCCGCCGCCGCCGCCGCCGAAAGCACGAAGCAAUGAGAACCUCGACAAAAUCGAUAUGUCCCUGGAUGAUAUCAUCAAACUGAAUAGAAAGGAAGGAAAGAAGCAAAAUUUUCCAAGACUAAAUAGGAGGCUCCAGCAAAGUGGUACCCGGCAAUUCAGGAUGAGAGUACGUUGGGGAAUCCAGCAGAAUUCUGGUUUUGGUAAAACUAGUGUGAGCCGUAGAGGAAGAGUUUUGCCUGGAAAAAGACGUCCUUAUGGGGUUAUCACUGGCCUCGCAGCCAGGAAAUCAACUGGUAUUCGGAAAGGAAUAAGUCCUAUGAAUCGCCCACCUCUAAGUGACAAGAAUAUAGAACGAUAUUUUCCAGCAUUAAAAAGGAAGACAAGCCUUCUGAGACAAAAUGAAGUGCAAAGGAAACAAGUUGCUGUUCUCAAGAGACCUAAUCAGUUAAACAGAAAAAAUAACAUUCCAGCUAAUUUUACCAGGAGUGGAAAUAAACUAAGUCAUCAGAAAGACACUCGUCAGGCAACCUUUCUUUUCCGAAGAGGCCUGAAGGUUCAAACCCAGUUGAACACAGAACAGCUGCUAGAUGAUGUGGUAGCAAAGAGAACGCGUCAAUGGCGUACUUCCACCACAAAUGGAGGAAUUUUGACUGUGUCCAUUGACAAUCCUGGAGCUGUACAGUGUCCGGUAACUCAGAAACCACGAUUAACUCGUACUGCUGUGCCCUCAUUCUUGACAAAAAGAGAACAGUCUGAUGUUAAGAAAGUUCCUAAAGGCGUCCCUCUACAGUUUGACAUAAACAGUGUGGGAAAACAGACAGGGAUGACUUUGAAUGAGCGA